GAUCAGAGGCCACACCAUCCUAGCAGUGGAGCAGGACCAGCUGGGACAGGGUCCUUCUGUGACACCUGCUGCAUCACCAGGCUGAGUGAAUGGACUCAAUUGCCAGAACUCACAGAAUAGAAGUAUCAGCACCGAAACCUCACAGGAAAAAUGAAGACAUUUUCUUUCUCUUCUGAGUAACUGAAAUAAAAUCUGGCCUUUGUGAAACCCUGGAAAUACCACGACCCUCAACUAGAAACACCAAUACCAGCUCCUCCGUGAGUUUCCAGCUCCACAACCUAAGACAUCAGAGGCAGCAUUGGUUCCUCACGUAGAGUCCAGCUCCGGGACCCUCAUAUUUGAACCGCAGGACCAUCUCAUCCCUGGAUCUCCAGCUGCACCACACUCAAAUUAGAACAACAUCAGCUCCUCCCCAGGUCUCCACCUGCACAGCCCUCGAACGGGAACGUCAGCUCCUCCCCAGGUCUCCAGCUGCAGGGCCCUAAAACUAGAACAUCAGCUCCCGCCUGGGUCGCCAGCAGCACCACCCUCAAACUGGAACAUCAGAUCCCCACGGGUCUCCAGCUGCAGGGCCCUCAAACUGGAACAUCAGCUCCCCACCAGAUCUCCAGCUACACGGACCUCAAACUGGAACAUCAGCUCCCCGCCGGGUCUCCAGCUGCACUGCCUGCAAACUGAAACAUGACCUCCCUGCCGGGUCUCCAGCUGCAUGGCCCUCAAACUGGAACAUCAGCUCCCCACCAGAUCGCCAGCUGCACGGCCCUCAAACUGGAAUAUCAGCUCCACCCCGGGGCUCCAGGUGCACAGCCCUCAACCUGCAACAUCAGCUCCCCACCGGGUCUCCAGAUGCACGGCCCUCAAACUGGAACAUCGGCUCCCCACCGGGUCUCCAGCUGCAUUGCCUUAAACUGGAACAUCAGCUCCCAGGCCCUCAAACAGGAACAUCAGCUCCCCACAGGGUCUCCAGCUGCACAGCCCUCAAAUUGCAACAUCAGUUCCCCCCUGGGUCUCCAGCUGCACCGCCUCAAACUGCAACAUCAGCUCCCCGCUGGGUCUCCAGCAGCACGGCCCUCAACCUGGAACAUCAGCUCCCCCCAACCCGGGUCUCCAGCUCCACAGCCCUCAACCUGCAACACUGGCUACCCACUGGGUCUCCAGCUGCACGGCCCUCAAACUAGAACAUCAACUCCCUGCUGGGUCUCCAGGUGCACAGCCCUCAAACUGGAACAUCAGCUCCCUGCCGGGUAUCCAGCUGCACGGCCCUCAAACUGGAACAUCAGCUCCCCACCAGGUCUCCAGCUGCACGGCCCUCAUACUGGAACAUCAGCUCCCCACCAGAUCUCCAGCUGCACGGCUCUCAAACAGGAACAUCAGCUCCCCACAGGGUCUCCAGGUGCACAGCCCUCAACCUGCAACAUCAGCUCCCCACCGGGUCUCCAGAUGCACGGCCCUCAAACUGGAACAUCGGCUCCCCACCGGGUCUCCAGCUGCAUUGCCUUAAACUGGCACAUCAGCUCCCAGGCCCUCAAACAGGAACAUCAGCUCCCCACAGGGUCUCCAGCUGCACAGCCCUCAAAUUGCAACAUCAGUUCCCCCCUGGGUCUCCAGCUGCACCGCCUCAAACUGCAACAUCAGCUCCCCGCUGGGUCUCCAGCAGCACGGCCCUCAACCUGGAACAUCAGCUCCCCCCAACCCGGGUCUCCAGCUCCACAGCCCUCAACCUGCAACACUGGCUACCCACUGGGUCUCCAGCUGCACGGCCCUCAAACUAGAACAUCAACUCCCUGCCGGGUCUCCAGGUGCACAGCCCUCAAACUGGAACAUCAGCUCCCUGCCGGGUAUCCAGCUGCACGGCCCUCAAACUGGAACAUCAGCUCCCCACCAGGUCUCCAGCUGCACGGCCCUCAUACUGGAACAUCAGCUCCCCACCAGAUCUCCAGCUGCACGGCUCUCAAACAGGAACAUCAGCUCCCCACAGGGUCUCCAGCUGCACGGCCCUCAACCUGCAACACUGGCUCCCCACCGGGUCUCCAGAUGCACGGCCCUCAAACUGCAACAUCAGUUCCCCCCGGGUCUCCAGCUAUACCGUGUCAACCUGGAACAUCAGCUCCCCGCCGGGUCUCCAGCUCCACGGCCCUCAACCUGCAACACUGGCUCCCCACCGGGUCUCCAGAUGCACGGCCCUCAAACUGGAACAUCAACUCCCCACUGGGUAUACAGCUGCAUGGCCUUAAACUGGAACAUCAGCUCCCCGCCCAGGUCUCCGGAUGCACGGCCCUCAAACUGGAACAUCAGCUCCCCGCCAGGUCUCCAGCUGCACGGCCCUCAAACUGGAACAUCAGCUCCCCGCCGGGUCUCCAGGUGCACAGCCCUCAAACUGGAACAUCAGUUCCCCGCCGGGUCUCCAGCUGCACGGCCCUCAAACUGGAACAUCAGCUCCCCGCCAGGUCUCCAGGUGCACGGCCCUCAAACUGGAACAUCAGCUCCCCGCCAGGUCUCCAGGUGCACGGCCCUCAAAUUGGAACAUCAGCUCCCCGCCAGGUCUCCAGGAGCACGGGCCUCAAACUGGAACAUCAGGUCCCUGCCAGGUAACCAGCUGCAUGGCCCUCAAACUGGAACAUCACCUCCCCGCCAGGUCUCCAGCUGCAUGGCCCUCAAAUUGCAACAUCAGCUCCCAUCAGAGUCUCCAG